CAUGUAAUGGACAAUACUUACCCUAUACUGGAACAGUGCAACAUGACUGAUACGGUGAUGAGCAGCAGCUCAGAUCGCUGGGUGUCCAAUGACAGGCAGAGGAGCAUGCAUCCAAAUGAUAAAGAGCAGGGAAACUGGACCAUGCAGCCAGGCCCUGGUCCUGGUCCAGACUUGACAGAUGAAGAGAAAGAGAUUAUAAACAGUGUGAUCGCCCGUGCUGAAAAAAUGGAGGCCAUGGAGCAGGAGAGAAUUGGGCGCUUGAUAAACCAUCUGGACGACAUAAAGAAGACUGUGUGUGGGGAUGGCGUGUCCCGCUGUUUGCUGUGUGGGGAGCAGCUGGGCUCACCUGGGGUCAGCUCAGUAGUGUGUGAGGACUGCAGAAAGAACAUGUGUACCAAGUGUGGUACACAGUGCAGCAGUCAGCCACGCGCUGUGUGGCUGUGCAGGAUCUGCAGAGAACAGCGAGAGGUGUGGAAGAGGUCUGGUGCCUGGUUCUUCAAAGGUUUUCCUAAGCAUUUUCUGCCAUCGCCCAUGCCAUUAUCUAAAGCAGAGAGGCGGGUGCCAAGAGGGUGAUGGUCCCAGGGCCCACCAGCCUCUGAGCCCAGAGAGGCAGUAACCCAACCACAGCUACCAGGUGAAAAUCAGACUCCUGCCUCUGAGCAGCAAGUUUCAGGAUCAGAGCAGCGGGGCCGUGCUGGUUACCCACCUGUGGCCCCUAAACCAUCAGUUGUGCGUAUGGCCACAGGUGGGGCUGGCCCUGAAGAGGUGGGGCAGAGCAGCCCAGUGGUGAUGAAGAAGGUGCUGCACGUCCAGAGCUCUAGACCACAACCUGCUGCAUUGGCCACUAUGGCCCAGCAAGGGCCAGUGGCAGGAGAUGGAGGUGCAUACUUGUCUGCUGCAGUUCCUCCAGAGCAGAGAGUGCCUCCUGCAGUCAGAGAGGAAAGGAGGCAGCCUGCUGCCUACAGUGCUCACCCCAUCCGACAGCAACCUCCACCUGAAGAGGAGGAGGAGGCCAACGACUAUGACUCUGAUGAAGCCACCACCCUGGGCUCUCUAGAGUUCAGUCUGUUCUAUGAACAGGACAGCAACAGUCUCCACUGUAGCAUCCUCAAAGCAAAGGGACUGAAGCCCAUGGACUCGAAUGGACUGGCCGAUCCUUAUGUCAAGCUCCAUCUGUUGCCAGGGGCCAGUAAGUCUAACAAGCUACGCACAAAGACCCUGAGAAACACACGCAACCCUAUGUGGAAUGAGACGCUCACCUACCACGGUUUGACAGAUGAGGACAUGCAGCGCAAGACCCUCAGACUCUCUGUCUGUGACGAAGACAAGUUUGGGCACAAUGAUUUUAUUGGGGAAACUCGAGUGGCGCUAAAGAAACUGAAGCUGAACCAGAAGAGAAACUUUAAUGUGUGUCUCGAGAGAGUGGUCCCUACAAAAAGAACUGCAACAGUUGGGUCAGCCAGGGGCAUCGCUCUUUAUGAAGAUGAGCCAGGGAAAGAUGCCGGAGAGGUAGAAGAACGUGGUCGGAUUCUGAUCUCCCUCAUGUACAGCACCCAACAGAACCGUCUCAUUGUUGGUGUUGUGCGCUGCGUUCACCUGGCUGCCAUGGAUGCUAAUGGCUACUCUGACCCAUAUGUCAAAAUAUGUCUGAAACCUGACAUGGGGAAGAAGGGCAAGUGCAAAACACAAAUCAAGAAGAGGACUUUAAACCCAGAGUUUAAUGAGGAAUUCAGCUAUGACAUCAAACAUAGUGAACUGGCCAAGAAGACUUUAGAUAUCUCUGUGUGGGAUUAUGAUAUUGGGAAGUCCAACGAUUACAUUGGUGGAUGUCAGCUGGGUAUCACUGCCAAAGGCGAGAGGCUGAAACACUGGUACGAGUGUUUGAAGAACAAGGACAAGAAGAUUGAGCGCUGGCACACCUUGUUGAACGAGAAUCACGUCGCUAGUGAUUAACCACUUGUCUUCCCCCAUGCAGCAUGUGCUAACACCUAUCCAUCUUUACUUGGUUUGCAUCUCCUAGUUUUUCUAUUUUCUUGUUUUUGUCUAUUCUUUCACAACCGACCAUCUCACAGGCACUGCUCACGUUUGUCCUUUUCCUUGGUGUAAUAUACUCUUCUUACCUGUCUUCUUAUUAACAAUCUCCACCUGUGCAGAUACUUAAUCUGCCUCUCAAAUUAAUCAUAAACUGAAAAAUUCAUUAAUGUACAGUAACUAACAGAUCUGUCAACAAACUGUUGCACAAAUGUCUUCAGUGAUGUUAUAUUGUGAAUGGAAUGGGGACAUAUUGCUAAAAAAUAAGAAAGAAAAAAUAUAUUUGCAUUGCACAGGCACAGAACAAGAACAGCAAUAUGUUAUGGCAUUUAAGGUCAAAACCAUUGUUAAAGCCCAUAAAAGCAUCAGCUGAACUCAUGCCUAAAAUUCCUUAGACUGUCAGGGUAUCAUGUUUGAUUCCCCCCCCAUUGAUUUUGUCAUGCUGCAGUGUAGCAUUUGAACUGUAUAAACAUGCCAAGCCACAGACCACAGACAUAAGAACAAUACAGCUGCACAAUCAGAUCUUUCAACUGUGACCACCGUCCUGAACAUGUUGUGUUUUCCAUUAACAAAUGUUUACAUACUGACACACUGCUCAGGUUAGGAUAGACAUCUGAUAUAGAGAUGAUUCAUAAGUCAGUGGGCCAUGAGCUAAAUGAAGCUAUCAUCAGUUGCUGUUAAUUUGUGAUUUGUAAAAUUAUAGCACACCUAAUGAAACAUGAGGUGUUUUUAUGUGUGGUUGUUUAAGGUGUCAAUAUUAGGUUUAUAGGAGAUACUACCUGUUUGAAUAGAGAAACUGAAAAGUGAAAGACAAUGUUUAUUUUUCAGUUCAUUUCCUUGUUGUGUUGAGAAUUAGCAGGAAAAAGGCUUCUCCCCCUGCUACUUCUUGUCUUCUGAAUGUCGCAGUUUUCUACUGCAGUGUUUACACUGAACGCACACAGUCAGGUUUCUUACAGGUUUUCCUUACAAAUUUGGCUGCUCCACUUAACAAGGAGACAAGGUGGAACAAGUUAGGUCAUAAGUAUGUGCAGCUUUACCUGCAUGCACUGUGCUCCUGACUCUUGUGUGCCUGGGGCAGUCGGGGCCACUUUUACCCAACACACCCUUUGCACAAAGCAGGGCCCUUUCCCCCCUGCUACACCCCAAACAUUCAAGGCUUUAGUGUGUGUUUGUUCACAAAUCAUAGCAAACCACAAAAAGCACACCUUACAAAGUGUAACGACCUCAAUUUAUACAGCUAUUUGCAAGUUAUUCCAAUGUCAGAACAAAGAUGAAAACAAAACAAUCCUAUGCAUGAAAUGUCUUAUAGUUCAAGAUAUAUAUAUAUAUAUACUUUGUAAGAAAGGAAUGCUGUUGUAAUUCCAUUAAUGUUUACACUUAUUCUCCAUAGCAUUUCCAUGCUUUAAAUACAGAACCCCACAUUCUGCAUGACUACGGCAUAAUCUGAACAAACUGGUUUGAUAGCAUUCCAGACUGGUAAUCAACUGAGCUCAUUAACAAAAAACCUUUCCAACUCUAUUAGUAGCAGACAUAUAGAGUCAUCUCAUUCUGUACAUAUAGACAUCCAGAACCCUCCAGUGUCUUAUUUUCUCUGUAGUUCAAGUGUGCUCCAGGGUUGGCAGUGAUUCAAUCACUCACCAGUAGCACCACACACUGUUUUAUGUUGUGCUACUUGAGCUACAGUGACCAUCAAAUGAUGAUCAGCAUAAACGAUAAUCAGUAGUUUUUUUUUUUUAAAGAAAAACAGGCUUCUCUCUGAGCUAAACCCAUAGCUGUCUUCUACUUGAUUCUGUUUCUUGGUUUAUCUCUGUAUUUGUAAAUACAUAGUGCAUGCACUGGAAAUGUGUCUGAAGAUAACUUUGCAUGUAAAGGUUUUGCAGAGAGUUUACACAGAUCAAUA